AUGCCAAUUCCUGUCGUUUUUACGUUUCGAUUUGCAGGUCUAAUGACAUUAUCGGAGAAGGGAACACAUUCCAAUUUGGCAAGACUGCAAAGCAAUGCCAACGGCAAUAACGAUGAAGCAACACCAACCACCACAUUAGCUGCACCAAUAAAUCGUAGAUUCAGUUAUACCUCUUCUCUUAGGAAGAAUGUUCAUCGACUGACACAUAAGCAUUUCAUCAACAUGAAAUCGAUUAUCGUCGGUGUGGCUACUUUGUUCAUCAUUCAGAUGUUCUAUUCACCUGCCGAUGCCAUUCCACAACUCUCUAAACAUCCAGUCGUACUUGUUGUAUCUUUCGAUGGAUUUCGAUACGAUUAUUUGGAAAAAACGGAUACGCCAAAUUUAAGAGCUCUGCAAAGGGAAGGUGUCACGGUACCAUAUAUGACACCGCAGUUUCCAUCAAAUACAUUCCCGAAUCAUCACUCGAUCGCUACUGGUCUGACUCCGGAUAAUCAUGGUGUCACUGACAACACAUUUUACGAUCCACUGCUCGGUAAGAAUCUCAGCGGAUUCACUGAUGAUUGGGAAUUUUGGAAUUAUUCUCCGGAUGUACUGCCCUUCUAUAUUAGGAACGAACUAGCCGGAGAUGAAAGAUACAGUGGAUGUUAUAUGUGGGCCGGAUCUUCGACACCGUACGGAGCUGAUAAUGAAUUUCGACCAACGCACUAUGUUGCAUACAACGCAAGUAUUCUGUGGUCGGAACGGGUAGACACGGUUAUUGAGUGGAUUACCGACGCAGAAAAACCGGCAAACAUGGUUUUCCUUUAUUAUAACGAGCCAGAUUCGGCCGGUCACUCCUUCGGCACAGAUGACGACCGAACUGUCCAAAUAAUUCAAGAGAGCGAUGAUCGAGCAGGAAUGCUGUUUGACAAACUUAGGGCCGCUGAAAUUUACGAUCAAAUUAACAUUAUCAUUCUGGCUGAUCAUGGAAUGCAAACUGUUACUCGCGAGAGGAUCAUCACUACCACCGAUAUUAUUGAUCGAAACUUAUACCAGCGCCUUGGUUCAUCUCCAGUUUAUCAUAUUUUACCAAAUGAUCCAGACGAUACUGAACGAAUUUAUGAAGCAUUUAAAGCUGCAUCCUACACGAAUGGAUUUUCCGCUUAUAAGAAAGAGGAACUCACCCAUUUGAAGUACAGUAAAAAUAGGCGUAUCAUGCCCAUUUUACUUUUGGCUGAUCCCGGUUUCGCUUUUGAAAACGUCAAUCCCAAUCCUAACUACGGAGUUCAUGGAUAUGAUCCAAAAUUUGUGAACAUGAGCGCCCUAUUUAUCGCUGCUGGCCCACAGUUUAAGAAAGGAUAUACUUCCCAACUUCCAGUGAAUAAUAUCGAUUUAGUGCCAUUGUUUGCAAAGAUUAUGAAUGUGGCUGAUGUGCCAUCAGACGGUACAGUAGAAAGAGUUGAAUUGCUUUUGGCACCGAUCGAGACACCAACGGACGCACCAACCGAUGCACCAACUGGCGCACCAACUGACGCACCAACUGACGAACCAAAUGACGCACCAACUGAUGCACCGGAAGAUAAUUCUGCCGUUAGGUGUGCAAGCCUUACAACGAUUAUGGUUGCUAUUACACAAAUUGUUGUAUUUAAUCUUUGA